AUGAGCGAAGUCCAGCAGAAGCAGUCAAAUUUUUCUACUUGUUCACUUGUAUUGCAGGCAUUCUUUGUAAUGUCUAAUCGGGCAUCAACACGGCUGUUACAUUUGAUGUUCAAGCAAUGUUGUGUUCGAGUUACACACACUCUCCUUGCAUUAUUUCUAUCAGCGCACGUGAGGCUUACUCUUUUUGUUCUCUGCUCACUCACGCACGUCGAAGUAAUCUCUGCUUUACCUGAAGCAAAUGUUGCUCAGUCCCAGCCACGUUCCUUCGAUAGCAUUCUAUGUCAAACGAAUAUUCCUGGCGAUUGUGACCCAUAUUCUUGUCAUGGCACCUGUGAAGGAAGGUACGUUCGUUUCUGGGAUGACGAACUUAAACUCGAUCGUACUAUGAAUAGUUGCCAUUGCGUACAGGAACCAGUUUGCAGUCUGAUUGGUGUGAACACUGACGUAGGCUGCCGGACAUACACAAUGCUCUCAAAAUCCACCCAACGAUUGAUCCGAUUGUGGACGAUGAACGCUGCUGAAAAAAUAAAUUACUUGCAGAAGCAACAACUGAUCACAAAUUCAGGACGGUAUUGGGAACGAUCUCGACACAAGCAGUUGCUUGAUGCUAAUUCUCGAUUUUGUUGUUGGACGCAGCAGGCGAAAGGGUCAAAUGUCACGAAGGUCAAUUUUACUCCCACAAAUUAUUCGCUUGUUUUCUACUUGCUGUUUUGUGCAUACUACUUUUGUAUAUCUUGA